AUGCCGUCAACUACAAAAACGGUCUUGAUUACUGGGUGCACACCCGGCGGCAUUGGAUGCGAACUAGCUCUGGCAUUCCAUCGGCAAGGUCUCCAUGUUAUCGCAACUGCGCGUCGCCUCGAUGUGUUGAGCGAUCUCAACGCGCUGGGAAUAGACACUUUGCCGCUUGAUGUUACAAAAUCGGAGAGUAUCAACACGUGUCGAAAGCAAGUCGCAGAAAUCACUGGGGGAUCUCUGGAUAUUUUGGUCAAUAAUGCAGGCGUCUCACACACAAUUCCGGCUGUCGAUAUAGAUAUGGAUGAUGUCCGAAACACCUUUGAGACUAACGUCUUCGGCGUCAUGGCCAUGGUCCAAGAAUUUGCGCCCCUUCUUAUCGCAGCCCAUGGUCACAUUGUCAACAUUAGCAGCACAGCAUCAGUGGCCCCAUACGUCUUUGGGUCGGUGUUUUGCGCAACUAAAGGCGCUAUCAACUCGUACUCGCGCACUCUACGACAAGAACUGCGACCUUUUGGGGUACGAGUUACUGUGGUGAUGGCUGGCACAGUAAAAACGAGGACAACCAAGCUGUACCGCCAACUUCCUUCAGGGUCGAUUUACCUCUUGCUUGAAGAAUUAUUCACUAGAAAGCUUACCUACUCAGAGAAUACGGCAAAAGUGGAGGCGAGAGAUUUCGCUGAGCAGCUAGCUGUUGAACUUUUAAAAGGUCGGGGGUGGCUAUGGGGACUUAUUGGAGGGAGGGCGGACUGGCUCUGGAUCGGUGGCAGUGCUACCACCGUCAGAGUAGCGCGAUGGGUUGGUGAAUGGCUUCUCGAUAGUAAGGCUUACAAGAUGUUCGGUCUUCAUAAGCUGGAGGAGUUGGUACGCAAGCAAGAGACUAAGGCUGAUUAG